GGUUUGGUCCGUUUGGAGAGCACGCUGUUAACGCCAGUUGGAUUGCAGUUCAGGAGCUGGAGAAGCUAGGACUGCGAGAUGACGUGGAUCUGCACGUCUAUGAAGUCCCAGUUGAAUACCAGACAGUGCAAAGGCUCAUUCCUGCAUUAUGGAAAAAGCACAGUCCACAAUUGGUGGUUCAUGUAGGUGUUUCGGGUAUGGCUACAACUGUAACUCUGGAGAAGUGUGGCCAUAACGUAGGUUACAAAGGCUUAGACAACUGCCGGUUCUGCCCAGGCUCUCAGUGUUGCGUAGAAGGUGGCCCAGAAUGCAUCGAUUCCAUUAUUGACAUGGACACGGUUUGCAGGAGAGUCUCGGCGCUGGGGCUGGAUGUCACGGUCACCAUAUCUAAGGAUGCCGGCAGAUACCUCUGUGACUUCACUUACUACACUUCCUUGUACCAGAGCCGCGGGAGGUCAGCUUUUGUUCACGUGCCUCCGCUGGGAAAACCAUAUACUGCAGAACAGCUGGGUCGGGCGCUACAGGCUAUAAUAGAAGAAAUGCUUGAUGUUUUGGAGCAUUCUGAAGACAAAAUCAAUUGUCAGCAUGAACACUGAAAGUGGGCAGAAGCUAUCCUAGAAUUGCACUUCCAAUAUUUUCCCUGCUACCGAAGUACUGGGGAAAACGGUCUGAAACGUACAGACCCAGAAUUGGAGACUUCAAAAAGGAAAAUUCCACUUCUAGAAAUGGACUUUUUUU